UUUCGUCGUCGUUGAAGAACAGAUUCCGAAAUAACAGACAUCCCAGUACCGUAUAUUAGCCAUUAGGUACCAGCCUCGAUUUCCUCCGAAAAAACAACAACAGCAAAGUCAAAAUGUUUCUGUCGUACACCGUCGUGCCCGUGUUUAUUUUCGCCAUACUUUUGAACUUUAUCUACGUGUACUCCGAUGAGACACCUGCACCCGUACCAUCUAACGAUAAUAAUACUUCUACAACGAAUUCAAGUAGACCACCACCCAGCAUAAAUUUCGCGUCGUGUAACGAAUGCAUGCAAUCGCCGUGCCACACCGAAAGUCAUAGACCGUGCAUUUCCAACAACGGCCCCAGACUGAACUCGUCGACUUUCCUGUGUCUCUUUUGUACAACGGAUUAUAAGGGAAAUCCUCAGUUCUACAGCGAAGACAUUUGUAAACAGAACUGCACGGAUAGCGGUAAAAUGUGCCUAUGCGUCGGCCAAUGUUUCUCGUGCGUCGAAAGCAAUGACCCCAACCUCCCAACUGUACCGUGCAACCCGCCCACCAAGAUGGUGGAUGAUACGUGUGCGUUAGUCGAUUACAAAGCACCCCAAUAAUGAAACCGAGCAACCAUCAU